AUGGGUAAAGGAAAGCCAAGAGGACUUAACUCCGCCAGAAAGCUCAGAACCAAGAGAAGAAACAACAAGUGGGCAGACUCGUUGUACAAGUCUAGAUUGCUUGGUACUGCAUACAAGUCAUCUCCAUUUGCAGGUGCUUCUCACGCAAAGGGUAUCGUCUUGGAAAAAUUGGGUGUCGAAUCCAAACAGCCAAACUCCGCUAUCAGAAAGUGUGUGAGGGUGCAAUUGGUCAAGAACGGUAAGAAGGUUACUGCUUUCGUUCCAAACGAUGGUUGUUUGAACUACGUUGAUGAGAACGAUGAGGUUUUGCUUGCCGGAUUCGGUAGAAGAGGUAGAGCUAAGGGUGAUCUUCCCGGUGUUAGAUUCAAGGUUGUCAAGGUUGCCGGUGUGUCUUUGUCCGCUUUGUGGAAGGAGAAGAAGGAGAAGCCAAGAACCUAA